AUGGGUAGGGUUAUUCGUGCUCAGAGAAAAGGUGCGGGAAGCGUUUUCCGUUCCCACACUAAACACCGCAAAGGCGCCCCCAAACUCAGGAACUUGGACUACUCGGAAAAGUAUGGUUACAUCAAAGGAGUUGUUAAGGACAUUAUUCACGAUCCAGGUCGUGGAGCUCCUUUGGCUAUUGUUCACUUUAGAGACCCAUACAAAUAUAAGACAAGAAAAGAGUUAUUCAUUGCACCCGAAGGUGUAUACACAGGACAAUUUCUUUACUGUGGAAAGAAAGCUAAAUUGAACAUUGGUAAUGUUAUGCCUAUUGGUGUAAUGCCUGAAGGUACUAUUAUCUGUAAUUUGGAAGAAAAAACCGGUGACCGUGGUCGUUUAGCUCGUGCUUCUGGUAAUUAUGCUACCGUUGUUGCCCACAACCCAGAUUCCAAAAGGACAAGGGUAAAGUUACCGUCUGGUGCAAAAAAAGUUAUUCCAUCCAACAACCGUGCUAUGAUUGGUCUGGUUUCUGGAGGUGGACGUAUUGACAAGCCCAUGUUGAAGGCUGGGCGUGCAUACCACAAAUACAAGGCUAAGCGUAAUUGCUGGCCUAAGGUACGUGGUGUUGCUAUGAACCCUGUUGAGCAUCCUCACGGAGGUGGUAAUCAUCAACAUAUUGGUAAAGCAUCCACAGUCAAGAGAGGAACCAGUGCAGGAAGAAAGGUUGGUCUCAUUGCCGCCAGAAGAACUGGUAGAAUUCGUGGAGGUAAAGUGGUCACCAAGAAAGGUGAUGAUUAA